UGAAGUCAGUAGAAAUCAAUAGUUACGAAGGAUAAAAACGAAAACAGUGCUUUUACUUUUUGUGCUUCCGUACAUUCAUUUUUCAUUUUAUUUAAAUUAGAUGGACUCUAAUUCACGUUAAAGAAUUAAUUCGAAUAAAAACAUUAAGCGAAUACAGUCUUGAAUAGUUGCGAAAGAAAAGAACAAAUGUGGAUUAUAGUCAGUUACGCAAAAAUAGUAUUGUUUAUGCGGAAAAAAAAUUAUUAUUGAAAACUGAGCACAAUGUUAUAACAAAGAUUUUAAUCAACAUGGGAUUUGUUUUUAAAAUGGAAAACUGUAAUGGCUCACCACACAAAGCUGAAUGAAUUGAAAAUUGUUUUGAUCAAAUAUACGUAGAAUGUGUUAAAGCAUAAUGAACGAUUCAAUAGCAACAAAUCUCUUUAUGAAAUGCAUGAUUUUGGCGAUGAAUUAUUACCACGACAACGAACUGAAAAAUGCAUCUAUAAUAGGCUCAGACUUUAAUAUAACCGAUACAUCGACGUGGAAAAUAGAACCACGUCUGCAACCCAACAACGAAUAUGGUAACAACGAAGGCGAUUUCAUGACAGAGUGCAUGAAACCAUCGACAAAACGGCCAUACGAAUUUUCAUGGGAACAGAAGGCACUAUGGGCGUUUUUAUUUGGAGUGAUGUUAGUAGUAGCGAUUGUUGGAAACUGUAUUGUUAUUUGGAUAGUACUGGCACAUCGAGAAAUGCGAACGACGACCAACUAUUUACUUCUCAAUUUGAGCGUAGCAGAUCUAUUAAUGUCCUGUCUGAAUUGUGCAUUUAACUUCAUUUAUAUGCUAAACUCCGAUUGGCCAUUUGGUACCCUUUAUUGUUCUGUAAAUAACUUCAUGGGUAAUGCUACAGUGACAGCUUCUGUGUUUACAUUAGUGGCAAUCAGCUUUGAUAGAUACGUUGCCAUAGUAAGGCCAUUACACAGACGAAAUUCAAGGAAAAAGGCUCGAAUGUUUGUUGUUAGCAUUUGGGUUUUGAGCAUAACGUUGUCAUUGCCAGGACUUUUAUAUUCAGCAACUGAAUCAAAAAGUUAUUCGAAUGGAAAGUCAAGGACUGUUUGCUACCUCUUGUGGCCGGAUGGCAGAUACCCAACAUCACUAGCUGAUUAUGUGUACAAUAUCGUGUUUUUGGUGCUCACAUAUGGCAUUCCAAUGUUAAUAAUGGUUGUUUGUUAUUCAUUUAUGGGUAAAGAGCUGUGGGGAAGUCAGUCAAUUGGGGAACACACGGAACGCCAACGAGAGUCAGUAAAAUCGAAAAAAAAGGUCGUGCGAAUGUUUAUUGCUGUGGUAUCAAUUUUUGGAAUCUGUUGGCUUCCAUACCAUAUGUUUUACGUAUAUGCUUACCAUAAUCCCUCUUAUGCCUCGUCCGCUUAUGUUCCGCAUUUGUUUCUUGGAUUUUAUUUCCUUGCCAUGUCAAACACAAUGGUCAAUCCGAUUAUCUACUACUGGAUGAACAGAAAGUUUCGUCAUUAUUUCCAAGAGGUCAUGUGUUUCUGUUGCUUUCAGUUGUGGAAGGUGAAUACGAUUAAUAAGGCUCAGGACAUUUAUUUGCAUCAAAAUUCAAUGUCAAUGGAACGAAAAUCUAAAUCAUUCAAACUACACGUAAUAGAUCGCCAUAGAAUAGAUUCACGGUCGGUGCGGCAAACGGAACUGAAUGGCUCACCCAAGACGUAGCACAUUUGAAUUGAUUGUGGAUGAAACGCCAAUGUAGGCAUGAGACUGAACAAAUAAUUUUUCUUUCCAAUUUUUGUGUAAAUACGUUUGUGCUUGAAGGCCAAAUUUAUUUUUCGGUUUUGAAAUUUUUUAUUUUUGCGGUACACAAAAUUAGUCGAUAAGAAUUUACAGAGAAAAGAAAUGUAUUUAUCCAAAGAUAUCUUAACCACCAGUUGCAAUUUAAGGAAUUUAUUAAUCAAAAUGCUCAGAGAAGAAUAUAAACAAUUUUAAUGAGUCGAAUUGAUUUUUGCUAAUCGUAGAAAAUACUAAAUGAUUGCUUGAGCAAAUCAAUUUGUGGAUUUAAUAAAAUUUUCAUUCAACAUUCAACGAGCCAUCAUUCAUUUAGUAUUUUACCACGAUUUUAGGAGUGAUCAUGUUGAUUCAAUUUCGUAAAAAAAAUGUUGAUGUCUAGUGUUGAUAAGCUCAUUUUUUGAAGUCAUUAAAACAAAAUUUU